UUUCUGAGCUAAUGAAGGCUGUUUUCUUUCUCUACCCAAUUUACUAGGUUUCUCAUUUAUUUUGAAGUGCCACUGAGAGCUAAAUUAAGAGUAAAUAACCAUGAAAGUCUUUACUCCUGUGCUAGUCUUCCAAAAAAUACCCUCAGGGAGAGGCAGAGACAAAUCCAGUAUUCAAUGUUUGGAGUGUUUUGGCAAAAACCUCUAUAUUGGGACCAAAGAGGGACUCAUCGAGUACAUCACUGUAAAUAGCGUGAGCGGUGAAGAAAGCCUUUCAGUACGGGAGGUGGGGAAGAGACAGAUGGGCCGGAGCGGAGCGAUCGGCCAGCUGACGGCGGUCCCUUUUCUGAACCAUCUCUUAGUUCUCUGGGAUGGUUCAGUCACGGCGCUUAACAUGUUCUCCCUGGAACCCAUUCCUGCCCUGAAGAAAAUCCAGAACGUGUCACUCUUCUAUGUCAGUGAGUCAGUGGUUCAGACUGAUUCAGUCGAGCUCAUUGCAGCUUCAGCCAAGAGGAAAAUAGUGAGCGUUUAUAAGGUGUGUGUGGACAGAUGGGAGUGCGUGAGACAGGUGGCUCUGCCGCAGGAGCCUGUGGUUCUGGCUGCGCAUGGGACAUGUCUGUGUGUGGCCACUUGUGACAGAUAUUUGCUCCAUGAUUAUCAGAGCCAAACCACCUUAGAUCUUUUCCAACAUAACCUGGGAAAACAAAAUAUCAUUGCCAACAAAUGUGGAAAAGGAGAAUUCAUUUUAAAUGGGCCUGGAAAUUUGGGCAUGUUUGUGAUGAAGAAUGGUACUUCCCAGCAUCCUCCUGUACAGUGGCCUGAUGGAGUGGUGGACGCUGCAGUGCAUUUCCCAUAUGUGCUGGCUCUACAAAAUCAGACUGUUCAUAUCUACAGCAUUCUGGACCAACAGCUGAAGCAAACUGUCCUUUUACAAAGUGCCAAAUCUCUCGUAUCAACAGAAGAAAGUGUUUUCGUUGUUGCUGACAAAGAGAUUCACCGGCUGUCACCAAUUCCGCUGGAGGAUCAGAUUCAAGAGCUGGUUAAGAGACAGCGAGUUGAUGAAGCCCUGACACUGCUGGACAGGGUUCAAGAUCUCUUGCCAAAGGAUUCGUAUAAGGAUCUACAUAAAAAUGUCAUCUGUACAUCUGGAAUGAUACAGUUCUACAGAGAGGCUUUUGUGGAGGCAAAGGAGCUUUUUAUUAAAGGUGAAUUAGACCCAAGGGAAAUCAUUAGCCUUUAUCCAGCUAUGCCUGUUGUGAGUGAAGACUUUACACCUCAGACAACAGCAGUCAGCAAUGCCAAGGACCUGUGGACGUUAAGUCGAGACGACUGGCCGACAUUUCAGCAAUACCUAAGCUUUUUGGAUGACUUCUUGAGAGAAGUCAGGCCAACAGGACAGGGCCAAAUAUGUCCUCGGGACAUUGACUCUGCGCUCUUUAAGCUGUAUUUGGAACAAGCAGAAUAUGAAAAACUGGACCAGCUUGUGUCGUCGCAGAAUGACUGUAAUCUCCAAAUGUGUGUGCCUGACUUGGAGCAACACAAAAGGUUUUUCACACUUGGAUUGCUCUAUCAAAGCCAAGGCCAGCAUUUCAAUGCAAUUCAGACCUGGGUUAAAAUUGUGGAGGACCAGAGCGAAGACCCCUUACACAUCAGUGUCUUCCAGCAUAUAGUUAAUACUCUCUCAAAUCUGAAACAUAAACCCAUCAUCUGGAAGUUUGUAGACUGGGUUCUUCAGAGAGACCAAGAGGCUGGAAUACUGAUCUUUACAAAGAUGCAUGCAAGCAGCCACAUUAUGUUUGCACCGGAGGAAGUCCUUACCAUUCUCACCAACUACGCAGUUGCCAUGAUUCUUUACUUGGAAUUUUUAGUCAAUGAAUUACACAGCAAGGAGGAAAAGCAUCACGCCAUGCUCAGCUCAUCAUACGUCAAAUGGAUACUGCAGUCAAUCGAGGCUGACUACAGUAAUGAAACCAGCAGGGAAGAGAUGAGACAUAAACUACAGAUGUUACUCUGGCAAUCUUCUUUAUAUAAUGCUGAGACUAUAUAUGAGCAAAUAACAUCCUCGUCUCUUCAUGUGGAGAAAGCAAUUUUGCUUGGGAAAUCUGGUAAACACAAAAAGGCCCUGCAGGUUUUGGUCUAUGAAGAAAAAGACCAGCAGGCUGCUGUAAGCUACUGUUGGAGGACCUCUGCUGGACGAGACGGGAAGUUCACACAGGGAAUGUUCCUCACCCUGCUUCAAAUCUACCUCGAGUCCACUCAUCAUGUGAUCGCAGCCGUGGACCUGCUGAACCAAAAUGCAGCGUCUUUUGAUUUAGUCAGCGUGUUGAGGGUGCUGCCGGGCUCCUGGUCUCUCAAACUGGUCCUGCGGUUCCUGUGUGAAUCAAUGAGAGGAACGGUGCAUGACAAACGAAUGAGAGGUCUGGAGAUGAGCCUAGCCAAGGUGGAAACUCUAAGACACAAGCAUGCCUGGAUGGAAGCAACGCAUGAAAAAAUCAGAGUUGACAGAGGAUGUGUUUGCCAUUCAUGCCAGAAACGUCUAACAGGGCCCGAGUUCCUGCGCAGGCCGGCAGGAGAGCUGACACACAUUUCCUGUCACGGUGGUGAAAGCGGUCACUGAACAACAGAACCACUAUUAUUCACACCUAUUCCCAUUUACACUGCAUUUAUUCUCCUAGCAGAUGCUGCCUUACUAGGUUGCUUACAAUAAAGACUGUAAUUACUUGGACAGCAAGCCAAUUACUAGGACAAAUUGCUGAGAAUAUAUGGCGCAAGCUAAGCUAGCCACAAACACCAACAGGAAACCACAACAACUGUCCAUAGGCCUACAAUGCACUUCUACUACAUCACAAUAUACAGUAGCUGGGAUGAUACUGUAAAAUUGAAUACCCGUAGUGUAGGACUCAAUAUAUAAUAUUACAAUUUCAAAUAGCUCUUUUACAUUUUAAAGUUUUCUAUUUCAAUAUAUUUUAUAAUGUCA